AAAAAAACAGAAAGAAGUGACUGUAGUGAAAGGGGAUUUGCUUUGCAAAAAUAACGACAAAGCUGUUUCACUUUUGCAGCAGUCAGUUCUAGCAGGUUGUACUGCAUUCUACCUCUUCAGUUAUAAGCAUGGCAGAUAAGUCUUUGUUCAUUAUUGCCAUUGACUUUGGUACAUCUUACAGUGGGUACUGCUUUGCCCUUGUGUCAUGUGUAGACCAAAUCCGUCAGGUGUUUUGGGGCAUGGAGCAUGGGUUCAAGACUGUGAAGACCCCCACAUGCAUUCUCUUUAAUGAGAAGAAAGAAUUUAAGAAGUUUGGUUAUGAUGCUGUCAUGAAGUACAACACAUUGCCUGCCAGCGAAGCUCCCAAGUGGUACUUCUUCCAGAACUUCAAGAUGAAGCUGUACAACCAAAAAAUCACCUCCAACAUGGAGCUGGAAGCAGAUGAUGGAAGGAUGCUCCCUGCCCUGACUGUCUUCUCGGAGAGUCUGCGUUACAUGAAGGACCAUGCCCUGAACAGCAUUGGGGAGGCCUCGUUCCAAACUGCCUGUGAGCCAGAGGACGUCACUUGGGUUGUUACUGUUCCAGCCAUAUGGGAUGCCUCUGCCAGACAGUUCAUGCGAUUGGCUGCAAAAGAAGCUGGGCUUAUCACUGACAUGUUUUCAGAGAAGCUCAUCAUUGCCCUGGAACCAGAGGCUGCAUCUGUCUGGUGCAAGCAGCUCCCUCGGUCUGGGUUUGUGGCAGAAGGUAGUCACAGAGAGAAGUUUGAAGAGUCACCUGGGACUCGGUACAUUGUCGCUGAUUGUGGAGGGGGUACAAUAGACAUCACGGUGCAUGAAAUCCAACAGGAUAAAACCCUAAAGGAGUUGCAUAAGGCAUCUGGAGGAGGAUGGGGAGGGAACAUAGUGGAUGAAAACUUCAAAGCCUUCCUGAGGGGAAUAUUCCACGGAGGAAUAUGGGAUGAAUACAUAAAAAAAUAUCCAACAGAAUUCCAUCAAAUGAUGUACAACUUUGGCCUCCAAAAAUGUUCUUCUAGUAGAGAUGAUGUCUACCUCCAUUGCUACACCAACCUAAUAAGAGUGGCUGAACAGAAGCAAGACAUCUCUCUCUUCUUCAAUCAUGUGGAAGGAGCUCGCUGGCAUGAUGGAAUCAUCAUGAUUACGUAUGAGAAAAUGAAGAGCUUUUUUGCGUACAGCACUGGGAAAAUUGUUGGUGCUUUGAAGGAAAUCCUCAGGAAACCCGAAAUGGCUACAGUCCAGUAUAUUUUGCUUGUUGGGGGAUUUGCCUCCAGCAUUAUUCUGAGGGAUGAGAUCUACCACACAUUCAGUGAGCGUUACUUUAUCCUGUGCCCCAUGGAGGCCCAGGCAGCCAUUGUUAAGGGGGCUGUUUUGUUUGGGUACAAUUCACAAAUUGUUGCCUCAAGAAUCAGUGCACGGACAUACGGAGUAGCGGUAUGCCAUGCAUUUGAUGCAGCUGUCCACGAUGAAAGGAAAAAGAGAGUCUCAAAAACCGAUAAUUAUGUGUACUGCACAGACCUUUUUAUGAGAUUGGUAGGAAUUGGGGAUUUGAUAAACAUAGAUGAAGCUGCCCAUUACACUUUCACUCCUGUGGAACCAGAUCAGACAAAUAUGAAGCUCUGCUUCUGCUGUACAGAAAAGGAGAAUGCAAAGUACAUAGAUGAGGAAGGGAUGAAAAUGCUUGGCUCCUGUACUGUACCAAUGCCAAACCCAGAGCUGGGGAGAAAGCGCCAGGUGAGACUGGAUGUUAAAUUUGGGCUGACAGAGUUUAAGGCCACAGUGACCGAUCUGACUUCCAAUCAAAGUCGGACAGUUAUGAUAGAUUUUUUAACAAUGUAAAGAAUCCACAGCUCACAGAGUAGUAGGGAUGAUGGCUGAGGGACUCCUCAGUUAGAAUAUUCAGGCUACCAUGAUUGAUGUAGUCCAGUAAAAUUACUUAUCUCAGUUGUUCUCAAACUUUUGGCCCUGUGAGCUGGAUCAGACUCUCUGUGGGCCAGACCAGGGCCUGGGCCCAACACCACCCUCUCCCUGCCCCAUGUGCCAGGAUUGGGUCUUGGGAAUCAGACAUCAUUCCAUCCCACCCCUGGUUUGGUCACCAAGGUGUUAGUACCACCCCCUUCCAGCCUCAC